UUUUGAUAUAUAGUUAUAUAGCCUAGAUUAAGAUGGCUUUGCUGUCUCAGAUUGGACGAAAUCAUGGACGGAUAUUGGCAUUGACAAGGCCGCUUGCAUUUUCUGGAUACGUUGCUCCAAAAUCAACAGGGACUGCACAAGAGCAGAUCGAUGAAUUUUGGAACAAGAAUAAAACGUUGAAUCGUCCUAUGUCGCCCCAUAUAACAGUAUAUAAUCUGCACCACGUUACAUCAGCUAUGUCUCUCACCCAUCGUGCAACUGGUAUUUUUCUUGCUGGUGCUGUGUCUGCCUUCGCAUUCGCAUCUCCAUUGCUUCCGAAAAAUCUUGAUGAAGUUAUAUUAUCAUUUCAAAGUUGGGGAGAUACUUGGAUUGGUUAUUUGGCGAUUAUGGACUUUAAAAUUUGCCUUGUUCUUCCUAUAGUUUUUCACACUCUUAAUGGACUGAGACAUCUUGCAUGGGAUACUGGAAAAGGAUUUGAAAUGUCGGAUUUGCGGAAAUCUGGUUACGCAACUGUUGGACUGAGUUUGCUUAUUUCUAUUAUGAUUGUGUUGGGUUGCCGAUCAACUUAAAUGUUAUGAUAUUAUCUGUGCAUUCAUCAAGUAUGAUUGAUCAAUGAAUGAUUGAAUUUGUUGUCGUUUUUUGUUGAACUAUACUUGGUCAUGGUAGAAUAUUUUUCUGUGGGUUCCACUUUUUGGUAAAAAUGUACAGAUUGAAAUCUAUAUUUUAUGUUGAAAAUAUGACAAAACCUUUUGAUCUGUUAAUGUUGAGGAACUGUAGCUUUACAUUAAUGUGUUUCAGCAAAGAAAAUGAUAAACUUCCUGAAGGAAAUUGCUUGUCCGUUAUUUAUGUAAUGAUAUAAAGACCUUUACUUGAUAUACUUAGAUAUUUGAUUGGUUUGAAUUAAAAUUGAGAAAAUAGAGUAUUUUAUGAACGUUAUCAACACAAAGUGGUGAUAUGAAAUAAUGAUACCUUGGAUGCGCAGUUCUGAACAUCCAAGGACCACCAUGCUGGGCUCAUUUGUCCUAAAACAAUAAUCUGAAAUAGGAGUUUCCAUAAACAACAAAGAUUGGCAAUCUUUAUCUUGAUGAUAUUAUUAAGAGUUUUCCUUCAUCUCCACUAAUAUAUUUUAUCCUUGCUUGACAUUUAUUCUAAUUUAUAAUUGCCUGCUGUCAAAUGUUUUCAACUGGUUUUGUGUUAAUAUUAUAG